AUGGCUUGUACCAAGCAGACUGCUCGUAAGGCCACUGGAGGAAAGGCUCCCAGGAUUCAGCUUGCCACUCGUAAAUCUGCCCCAACAACUGGAGGAGUGAAGAAGCCUCACAGAUAUCACUCAGGAACAAUGGCUCUCCGAGAGAUUCACAAGUAUCAGAAAAGAGAGUUUCUGAUUAGGAAGCUGCCCUUCCGAAGGCUUAUUCAUGAAAUUGCUCGGGACUUCAAGACUGAUUUGCAUUUCCAGAGCCAUGCUGUGUUGGCCUUGCAAGAAGCAGCUGAGGCUUACUUGGUGGGUCUCUUUGAGGAUACUAACCGCUGUUCCAUUCACGCCAAGAGAGUCACCAUCAUGCCUAAGGACAUCUAGCUUGCAAGGAGGAUCAAAGGCCAGAGGGCUUAG